AGCAGUUUUCCCGAGCUCCUUGAAAAAGGAACCUACGGGCUAUCGUGGGAGGACGUAUACGAUAUCGUCAAUCCGUAUGGAGACCACCGAGGCAGGGCGAUAGACAGCAUGUGGACCUUCGACCUCGACAGGAACAUCAUGUCCAUCACACGAAGAAGUACACCCGACUAUCCCUGGCCCGCGUUGGACACCCACCUGCCAGCAUGGAAGACACCCGCGGAGAACGUCGUCCCCGUCGGGUCGUCAUGGGCUGUCUUGUCUCAGGACGCCCGCGAGGGACUUCAGCCGGUGCGGCGACACAUCAAGAGUCAGCUGGCGCUCGGCCGACCUGCAGACCAGCCGGUCACGUGUGCCAUCCUCGCAGCGAGGCACGUGUUUCUAUGCAGAGCACUUGGGGAAGAUGUGCUCUGUACGAGGCCCGAGGUGCUGUUCAGCGAGAGCUGUUGGCCCGGCAAGUCUGCGGCCGAGACCGCCAUCGACAUGAUUCUGAGCAAUCGAAUCAUCCUCGAGGCGGCGCCAGGAAAUUUAGUUGCGGCGGCCAAUUGGGAUGUGAAAUCGGUCUCAGAUUACCCUUUCGCUGGAUGGAGAACGGUGCGAAAGCUGCGAUCGUGUCCUCUGAAAGACACAGAGCUGAGAGCUCUCCGACAGAGUCACUGGUGA